UGCAAGGCCGCGGAUGAAACCGCGCGCUUUCGUGAGGUAAACAAAACAAGCCACCUAAGUUGUCUUUGUUCGAAAUUUUGUAGGUUCAGAAUUGUUAUUAACAAUUUCUAAAUCAUUAUCACUUGAAUAGAAUAAUUCAACGUACUGGUGGCAGCAAUUGACAGAACUGUUGAGCUUUGAAAUCAGCCAAAAUGGUGACGCAGAAUACUGCUACAGCGUCGACCUCAGCCGAACCAAUGGAUGUAGACCAGUCAACAAGCAAGACAAAUGCUCCUGUGGACAAUCGACCAUGGAUUGAGCGGUACCGCCCCAUGUACUUCUCUGACAUUGUGGGUAAUGACGAAAUUAUCAAGAGGUUGAAGGAGUUUGCAGAUGUCGGCAAUGUCCCAAACAUCAUCAUGGCUGGUCCACCUGGAGUUGGCAAGACAACCACAAUUCUUUGCCUUGCUCGUCAACUUUUGGGAGCGUCUAUGAAAGAUGCUGUCUUAGAGCUCAAUGCUUCCAGUGAUCGAGGCAUUGAUGUUGUGAGAAACAAAAUCAAGAUGUUUGCACAACAGAAAGUGACUCUGGCUCCUGGACGGCAUAAGAUCAUCAUCCUUGAUGAGGCUGACAGUAUGACUGAAGGUGCCCAGCAAGCUCUGAGAAGAACAAUGGAAUUGUACAGCAGUACAACCCGCUUUGCAUUAGCCUGCAACAACAGUGAGAAAAUUAUUGAAGCAAUUCAAUCUAGAUGUGCCAUGCUUCGCUGUGCCAAAUUGACUGAUGCACAGGUUUUGGCCAAAAUUCUGGAAGUUUGUGAAAAAGAGCAGGUUUCACAUUCAGAAGAUGGCUUGGAAGCUAUUGUAUUUACAGCUCAAGGUGACAUGCGUCAAGCCUUGAAUAAUCUCCAAUCUACAUUCAAUGGUUUUGGCCAUGUUAAUAGUGAAAAUGUCUUUAAGGUGUGUGAUGAGCCACACCCUAUUCUUGUAAAAGAUAUGCUGAAUCAAUGUAUUGCUGGAGAAAUAGCCAAGGCCUACAAGAUUAUGGCUCACCUUUGGAAGUUGGGCUAUGCUGCUGAAGACAUCAUUAGUAAUAUUUUCAGGGUGUGUAAAGGACACCAAAUGGAUAAAAUGCUCCAGUUAGAUUUUGUUCAGGAAAUUGGAAAGACACACAUGUCUAUUGUUCAAGGUACUAAUUCGCUUCUUCAAAUGUCUGGACUUCUGGCCCGAUUGUGUGAGAAAGCUAAGUCCUACCAAAAAUAAUCAAGACUCUCAAAUGUUAUAUUGGCCUCAAACUAGAUACCCUCUGUAAUAUUUUUUUAAGGCAUUGUUAAACAAAGCAAAAAUUUAGUGCACAAAAUUUACUGUCUUUAUUGUGUUCUUAUAGAUCUCUUUUGGCUACAAAUUGUCCUCAAAAAUACGUAUUUACAUGUUAUCUAAUAAAUUAUUAAAAUACAAGCAUUAUGUAUGUUCAUUUUUA